AUGACUUCUCCAAGACAACGUCAAAACGUUAUAUUAUGGAAAAAUAGCCUGAAUAACAUUGCAAAAAGAAAUGCUGGAUUCAUUUGCCAAACAUACAAUAAAUUUUAUGGAGUACUGAGACCAUACUCUACUGCUAAUACAUUUAACUCAUGCAGCUCGACCAAAUAUACUUUCACAGGAAACAAAACUCCAUUUGGCCAAAAUCAUAAUGCUAUGUUUUGCACAAAUAAUACACAUAACUUAGAAAGGAAAACUGGUGACAAGAAACAACUCUUAGAUUUCACGCAUUCUGAUGCAAAAUCAUAUAGUCCAAAACAUAUAGAAGCUAACUGGUAUGAUUGGUGGGAGAAAUCAGGUAUGUUUAAACCUCAAUUCAAAUCAAACGGAACUGCCCUAGAUGAGGGUGUAUUUUCGAUUCUGACACCACCACCUAAUAUAACUGGAGUAUUACACAUUGGUCAUGCCUUAACUUUAACAUUAGAGGAUACACUUAUAAGAUAUAACCGAAUGAAAGGUAAGACUGUUUUAUUUUUACCUGGAUUUGAUCAUGCUGGUAUUGCUACUCAAGCUGUAGUUGAGAAAAGAAUAUAUGCAAAAGAACAGAAAACAAGACAUGAUUUUUCAAGAGAUGACUUUGUUGAAUUAGUGAGAGAUUGGUCUAAACGCCACCAUGAUAUCAUUAAAGGGCAAUUCAAAAGAAUGGGUGCAUCAUUUGAUUGGUCACGCGAGGCUUUCACCUUGGAUGAAAAACGAUCUACUGCAGUCAUCGAAGCGUUUGUGCGUUUACACGAUGAGGGAAUUAUUUAUAGAGCCUCACGAAUGGUUAACUGGUCUUCGAACUUAAAUACUGUGAUAUCUGAUUUAGAAGUAGACAAGAAGGAGAUUAAUGGCAGAACACUUUUGUCAAUACCGGCUUACGAAAAAAAAAUUGAAUUCGGAGUCCUAACAUCUUUCAAAUACCCAGUAGCUGACUCAACCACUAAUGAAUCAAUUAUCGUUGCAACUACUCGUCCUGAAACAAUAUUUGGAGAUACUGCUGUUGCUGUUCAUCCAAAUGAUCCAAGAUAUAAACAUUUACAUGGAAAAUAUGUAACCAAUCCAAUUACGGGAAAAAAUAUUCCAAUUAUUUGUGAUUCACAAUCUGUAAAUAUUGAUUUUGGGACAGGUGCCGUUAAGAUAACUCCUGCCCAUGACCAAAAUGAUUACCUUUGUGGUAAAAGACAUCAUUUACCUUCAAUAAAUAUCUUUACUGACGAUGGUCUAUUAAAUGAGAAUUGUGGACUUGACUGGAAAGGAAUGAAAAGAUUUAUUGCAAGAGAAAAAGUAAUCGAAUGUUUGAGAACUAAUGGUAAUUUAGUAAAACAAGAGGAUCAUCAGAUGAUAUUACCAAUUUGUUCACGUUCUGGAGAUGUCAUAGAACCGUUAUUAAAACCACAAUGGUGGGUAUCACAAAAGGAAAUGGCUAAAAUGGCAAUUGAAGCGGUUAAAUCGGGUCAAAUAACUAUCUUCCCUAAAACUUCCGAAACACUUUAUUUCCAAUGGUUAGAAAAUAUUCAAGAUUGGUGUAUUUCAAGACAACUAUGGUGGGGCCAUCGUUGCCCAAUUUAUAAUGUAAUAUUUGACGAUACUAACUUUGAAUCACAACUCAACAGUAAUUCUACUUGGAUAGCUGGUAGAACUUACGAAGAAGCACUAGACAAAGCCAAAAAGAAAUUCACUGGACAAAAAUUUAUUUUAAAGCAAGAUGAGGAUGUCUUAGAUACUUGGUUCUCUUCCAGUAUAUGGCCUUUAUCUACAUUAGGAUGGCCCAGUGAAACUACAGAUUUAAAAAUCUUUGGUCCACUUUCUGUUUUAGAUACCGGAUGGGAUAUUCUUUUCUUUUGGGUAACAAGGAUGAUAAUGAUGAAUUUGAAAUUACAUAGCACUAUCCCUUUCAAAGAAGUUUAUUGCCAUUCGUUAAUCCGUGAUGCACAGGGAAGAAAAAUGUCUAAAUCUUUGGGCAACGUGAUUGAUCCAAUUGAUAUCAUCGAAGGCUGCACUUUAGAAGACUUAACAACCAAACUUAAUAAUAGUAAUCUUGAUUCUAAAGAGAUUAAAAUAGCUAAACUUGGCCAAGCAAAAUCGUUUCCCAAAGGAAUUCCAGAAUGUGGUGUAGAUGCUUUACGGUUUACAUUAUGUAUAAAUUCGACUGGUGCAAGAGAUGUUAAUCUAGAUAUUACCAAAGUAGAAACACAUAGGAAAUUUUGUAAUAAGAUUUAUCAGGCUAACAAGUUUUGUUUAACUAAGUUAGGUAAUGACUUUAUUCCAAAAGAAAUAGACAGUUUAGAGUGUUUAUCUUUACUUGAAAAAUGGAUACUUCAUCAAUUAAAUGAAUAUUCUCAAAAGAUUAAUACCCAGCUUGAGAAACGCGAUUUUUCUGGAGCAGCUACCUCAAUUUAUGAAUUUUGGUAUGUGAUUUGCGACACCUAUAUUGAAAAAUUGAAGUAUGUUAUGAUGACAAACAACGAAAAAUAUGUUGAAACAUCUAAACAAAUAUUAUAUGUGGUGUUUGAAAGUACACUCAGAUUAACCCAUCCUAUCAUGCCAUUUGUUACUGAGGAAUUAUGGCAAAGAUUUGCAAAAUCCACUUUAGAAUCGAAUAUAAAUGAAAGUAUUGUUACUUCUAGAUAUCCUUCAUUUAAUGAAAAUUAUUAUUGUCCAAUUGAGGCUAAAACUUAUGAUACUGUGCUAAAAAUAGAAAAGGAAGUGAGAUCUAUCUUUGAAAUAUACAAUCUUCACAGUAAUAAAAAACUUUGGAUCCAAAGUAAUAAUGUAAAUGUAACGGAUUAUUUAAAUGAAGAAAUAAACAGUGUAUGCUCAUCUUUGAGAAUUACGAAAGAUGAUUUAAAGAUCAACCUGACAGAUGGAUUAGUCCCUCCUGGCUGUGUUUCAAGGACAGUAGAUUCUGAUACAACAGUAUAUGUCUUAAUUAAGGGACAAAUUGAUAUGAAUGCUCAACUUCUUAUUCUAAAUAAACGUCUAACCAAAUUAAAGAAUUCUCAAUCUUCUAUUUCUAAGAUGAUUGCUAAUCCUAGUUAUAAAUUGAAAACAAAUGAAUCUGUCCAGCAAACCAAUGAAAAGAGACUAGAAAGAACAUUAAAGGAUAUAGACUCUACCAAAGAGACUAUUGCAACACUCGUUAAGAUGAUCGAAUAG